ACACCAAAAAAAAGGUAGAGCUUUCAUAACUGUUCUCUCCUCUCAAAUAAGUCCAAACCAAACCAAAUCGCCCUUUUCUCUUCUUCUUCUUCUUCUUCAAUCUCUCUCCCUCGCUCCGAUUUCAAUUUCGUAAUCUCUUAUCAUCUCUGUAAACUCACUCACGCACAUCAGAGAGAAGAGAUUUUUUUUUUGUUUUUCCUGGAAUUUUUGUCUCCUCUGUAGCUUCCGUAUCCAGGGAAAAAAAAACCAUUAAAUCGAUUUUGGAUCUUCGGUGGAGCUUAAAGGGAAGUUUGAGAUUAAAAGGACAGGUCCUGUUUGGUCACAGUUGAAGAUUGAGGUUCUUUGAUUGAUUAUAUUUGGUUAAAGAAACUGAAGAAAAAGAGAUGAAAAAGCAUAGGUUUAGAGAGACCUUGAAGUCUUUCUUUGAGCCUCAUUUUGAUCAUGAGAAAGGUGAAAUGCUUAAAGGAACUAAAACUGAAAUAGAUGAAAAGGUGAAGAAAAUCUUGGGAAUAGUUGAGAGUGGAGACAUCGAUGAGGAUGAAUCUAAAAGACAAGUGGUUGCGGAGUUAGUGAAUGAAUUCUACAACGAAUACCAGUCUCUGUAUCGCCAGUAUGAUGAUCUAACUGGAGAGAUUAGGAAAAAGGUCAAUGGGAAAGGAGAGAGCUCCUCUUCAUCGAGCUCAGACUCGGAUUCUGACCAUUCUUCUAAGAGGAAGACCAAGAGAAAUGGAAAUGGAAAAGUAGAGAAAGAUGUAAUAGGUGCCUUGAAGCAACAAAUCGAGACUGCAAAUCUUGAAAUUGCUGAUCUGAAAGGGAAGUUGACGACGACUGAAGAAGAAAAAGAAGCAGUAGAUUCAGAGCUUGAAGUAGCUUUGAUGAAGUUAAAAGAAUCAGAAGAUAUUAGCAAUAAGUUGAAACUUGAAACUGAGAAGUUAGAGGACGCAAAGACAACAGCUCUGAGUGAUAACAGGGAACUUCAUCAGAAACUGGACUUUGCUGACAAAACAGAAAAUGAUCUGAAGCAGAAGUUAGAAGAUAUUAAAAAAGAGAGAGAUGAACUGCAGACUGAGAGAGACAAUGGUAUUAAAAGAUUUCUAGAAGCUGAAAAAGUUGCAGAAGAUUGGAAAGCAACGAGUGAUCAGCUCAAAGCUGAAACUUCUAAUUUCAAGCAGCAGCUAGAAGUAUCAGAGCAGCGAGUUUCGGAGCUGACCAGUGGUAUGAAUAGUGCAGAGGAAGAGAAUAAAUCUCUAUCCUUGAAAGUCUCGGAGAUUGCAGAUGAGAUCCAACAGGCUCAGAACACCAUACAAAAACUCAUUUCCGAACUGGGGGAGAUGAAAGAAAAGUACAAGGAAAAAGAGAGUGAGCAUUCUAGUUUGUUGGAGUUACAUCAGACCCAUGAGAGAGAAUCAUCGAGUCAGGUGAAAGAAUUAGAAGCACAAGUAGAAUCAUCAGAGAAGUUGGUUGCAGAUUUGAACCAAAGCCUGAACAAUGCAGAGGAAGAGAAUAAACUGCUAUCUCAGAAAAUAGCAGAAAUCUCUAACGAGAUUCAAGAGGCGCAGAACACCAUACAAGAACUCAUGUCUGAGUCUGGACAGUUGAAAGAGAGCCACAGUGUGAAAGAGAGAGAACUUUUCAGUUUGAGGGACAUCCAUGAGAUUCAUCAAAGAGACUCAUCCACCAGAGCAAGUGAAUUAGAAGCUCAACUGGAGUCCUCAAAACAGCAGGUCUCAGAUUUGAGUGCGAGUCUGAAAGCUGCAGAGGAGGAAAACAAAGCUAUCUCCUCGAAAAACUUGGAAACUAUGGACAAGCUCGAACAGACGCAGAACAGGAUACAGGAACUCAUGACUGAAUUGGGAAAGUUGAAAGACAGCCACACAGAGAAAGAGAGUGAGCUUUCUAGUUUGGUGGAGGCACACGAGACUCACCUGAGAGAUUCAUCAAGUCAUGUGAAAGAAUUAGAAGAGCAAGUAGAAUCAUCAAAAAAAUUGGUUGCAGAUUUGAACCAAAGCCUGAACAGUGCAGAGGAAGAGAAAAAACUGCUAUCUCAGAAAAUAGCAGAACUCUCUAACGAAAUACAAGAACUCGUGUCUGAGUCUGGACAGUUGAAAGAGAGCCACAGUGUAAAGGAGAGAGAUCUUUUCAGUUUAAGGGACAUCCAUGAGACUCAUCAAAGAGAAUCAUCCACUCGUGUGAGUGAAUUAGAAGCUCAACUGGAGUCCUCAAAACAGCAGGUCUCAGAUAUGAGUGUGAGUCUGGAAGCUGCACAGGAAGAAAUCAAAGCUAUCUCCUCGAAAAACUUGGAAACUGUGGACAAGCUCGAACAGACUCAGAAUACGGUCCAGGAACUUAUGGCUGAAUUGGGAGAAUUAAAAGGCCAACACAAAGAGAAAGAGAGUGAACUUUCUAGUUUGGUGGAGGUAUACGAGGCUCACCAGAGAAAUUCGUCGAGUCAUGUGAAAGAAUUAGAAGAGCAAGUGGAAUCAUCAAAGAAAUUGGUUGCAGAAGUGAACCAAAGUCUGAACAAUGCAGAGGAAGAGAAAAAAAUGCUAUCACAGAAAAUAGUAGAACUCUCUAACGAGAUACAAGAACUCAUGUCUGAGUCUGGACAGUUGAAAGAGAGCCACAGUGUAAAGGAGAGAGAUCUUCUCAGUUUGAGGGACAUCCACGAGACACAUCAAAGAGAAUCAUCCACUCGAGUGAGUGAAUUGGAAACUCAACUGAAAUCAUCAGAACAACGGGUUGUAGAUUUGAGCGCCAGUCUGCAUGCUGCAGAAGAGGAAAACAAGUCCAUAUCCUCGAACAUAAUGGAAACGAAGGAUGAGCUCAAACAGGCCCAAAGCAGGGUUCAGGAACUUAUGACUGAAUUGGCAGAGUCUAAAGAUACACACAUACAAAAAGAGCGUGAGCUUGCUAGUUUGGUGGUGGUACACGAGGCCCAUAAGAGAGAUUCCUCAAGUCAGGUUAAAGAAUUAGAAGCACGGGUGGAAUCAGCAGAGAAACUGGUUGAAAAUUUGAAUCAGAGGCUGAACAGUUCAGAGGAAGAGAAGAAAAUGUUAUCUCAGAGAAUUUCAGAAAUGUCUACUGAGAUCAAGCGGGCAGAGAGCACCAUACAAGAACUCAUGUCCGAGUCCGAACAAUUAAAAGGGAGCCACACUGAGAAAGACAAUGAACUUUUCAGCUUGAGGGAUAUCCAUGAGAAUCAUCAGAGAGAAUCGUCCACUCAGUUAAGAGAUUUAGAAGCACGACUUGAAUCAUCUGAACACAGGGUUUCGGAAUUGAGUGAAAGUCUGAAGGCUGCAGAAGAAGAAAGCAAAACUAUGUCGAUGAAAAUCUCAGUAACCUCAGAUGAGCUUGAACAGGCACAGAUCAUGGUACAGGAACUCACAGCUGAUUCGAGCAAACUGAAAGAACAGCUCGCUGAGAAAGAAAGCGAGCUUUUACUUCUGACAGAGAAGGACAGCAAAUCACAGGUGCAAAUAAAAGAAUUAGAAGAAACAGUAGUGACACUAAAGCGGGAACUAGAAUCCGCUCGUUCCCGUAUUACAGAUCUUGAGACAGAGAUUGGAAGCAAGACCACUGCAGUUGAGCAAUUGGAAGCGCAAAACAGAGAAAUGGUUGCUAGAGUCUCAGAACUUGAGAAAUCAAUGGACGAGAGAGGAACUGAACUCUCAGCUUUAACUCAAAAACUUGAGAAUAACGAGAAGCAAUCAUUGUCCUCAAUUGAGAGUUUGACAGCUGCGGUCGACGGCCUACGAGCAGAACUAGAUUCGAUGUCUGUUCAAAAGGAAGAGUUGGAGAAACAAAUGGUGUGCAAAAGCGAGGAAGCCUCAGUGCAGAUAAAGGGUUUGGAUGAUGAGAUCAAUGGUCUGAGACAGCAAGUGGCCUCACUUGAUAGCCAGAGAGCAGAACUCGAGAUCCAACUUGAAAAGAAGUCAGAGGAGAUCUCUGAAUAUUUGAGUCAGAUUACAAAUCUAAAAGAGGAGAUCGUACAUAAGGUUAAAGAUCACGAGAAUAUCCAAGAAGAAAGAAAUGGUUUAUCUGAGAAGAUUAAGGGUCUUGAACUUGAGUUAGAAACUCUACAGAAACAGAGAAGUGAGCUUGAAGAGGAGCUGAGAACAAGGACAGAAGAGAACGUUCAAAUGCAUGAUAAGAUCAACGAAGCAUCUUCUGAAGCAACGGCCUUAACAGAACAGAUUAACAAUCUGAAACAUGAGCUUGAUUCUCUACAGUUGCAGAAGAGUGAAACCGAAGCAGAACUUGAUAGAGAGAAGCAAGAGAAAUCAGAAUUGUCGAAUCAGAUCACCGAUGUCCAGAAAGCAUUGGUAGAGCAAGAAGCUGCUUACAAUAAGCUAAAAGAGGAACACAAGCAGAUCAACGGACUGUUCAAAGAAUGUGAAGCAGCACUCAAUAAGCUAACAGAGGAUUACAAAGAAGCUCAAAGAUCAUUGGAGGAGAGAGGUAAGGAAGUAACAUCCAGAGAUUUUGCAAUCGUGGGUCAUGAAGAGACAAUGGAGAGUUUACGUAACGAACUGGAAAUGAAAGUAGACGAGAUUGAAACUCUCAUGGAGAAGAUCAGUAACAUCGAGGUUAAACUACGUUUGUCCAACCAGAAACUGAGAGUAACCGAACAGGUACUAACGGAGAAGGAAGAAGCUUUCAGGAAAGAAGAGGCUAAGCACUUAGAGGAGCAAGCAUUGCAUGAGAAAACUCUCACGGUGACACACGAGACAUACAGAGGUAUGAUCAAAGAGAUAGCAGAUAAAGUGAACAUAACAGUAGAUGGGUUUCAAUCCAUGUCGGGAAAACUCACGGAGAAACAGGGGAGAUACGAGAAAACGGUAAUGGAGGCAUCGAAAAUACUGUGGACCGCCACGAAUUGGGUGAUAGAGAGAAACCACGAGAAGGAGAAGAUGAAGAAAGAGAUAGAGAAGAAAGAUGAAGAAAUAAAGAAGCUUGGAGGAAAAGUAAAAGAAGAUGAAAAAGAGAAGGAGAUGAUGAAAGAGACUUUGACGGGACUAGGAGAAGAGAAAAGAGAAGCGAUAAGACAGUUAUGUGUUUGGAUCGAUCACCACAGAAGUCGUUGCGAAUAUCUUGAGGAGGUUUUGUCAAAGACUGUUGUAGCUCGAGGCCAAAGAGUGUCGCAGCGAGCUUAAGGGAUCGUGCUCCACGGGUACGUUGUUCUUCUUCUCCCCACAAGUCUGAGUUCACCUCACAUCGAUGUUUGCGGACACUAUGUUAGAUAUGUGGUUAUAAGGUUUUGGGAUUGGAUCAAUCAAGGUCGAGAAGUUUAUAUUUUUGGUUGGGUACAUUUUGUGUAUUUGUGUCGGUGCAGUUUUUAUUGGUUUGUGUAACUUUUGUUGAUUUUUUUUUUUUUUUAAGUCAAUUUGGUUUUUUUAUUGUGAGCAAAGUGGUGGUUUUUAUGGGAGGGAAUAAAGGGAUUCACAGUUUCACACAAAUGGGAUUUUGUAUAGAAGAACGUUAAUGCAUGUUGUUUGGUAUAGUGAAUUGUUUGGUAUUCGUUAUAUCAAUUUCAUUGACAAAAAAUGAAAUACAUGGCUUAGAAUCUUGCAGA